AUGAAACAUUUUCUUUUUCUGUUGAUUCUUGUGCCGGUGAUUGCUGGAACUUUCUUCAACGAAAAACGCGUCAAAGAGCUUAAAAAUGUGCAGAUUGUGAAAUUUUUUACCGGUUUUUUUCGAAUUGGUCCCGAGCUGAACGUUACUAAGGAGCACUUCUCGAAAGCGAUUACUUAUUUUCCGAAGAAUCGAGAAUAUCUACCAUUUCGAGUCAUGAAACAAGUUGCCAUCGCUCAAAACUAUGCAACACAGGAAUUUGUGAAUGAAUUUGAGGACAUAUUUUUCGGAGAUGAAAACAAAGAGAUUGGUCAAAUGUUCGAGGACGCUUUCUUGUUUGCAUUGGAAAAUGCCGAAGAAGUGGAGAAACUAGUCCAUGGUUUGAACGGCUAUUGGAAGAGGUUCUUGACAAUUUUCGAUGUGAAUAUGAAAGAAAACGCGAUGGAGAUUGUUGACGCGUUUUCCGCUUCGAAUACGAUUGGAUCAUUUUUGCAUCAUACCUGGAAAUCGGACACCCGCUUUGUGAGCUACGUUUCUGAGCAUAUCAUUCCAGAGCUCUUCACAAAGCUCCAUACGAUCUACUCUCCGAAGCUCGAUAUACCCAGCUCGACGACUGAACAACCACCAACGACAACCAGCCGGCCUAAAGCCACGAGCGAACAGCCAGCUCACCCCACCGCCAAGCCAGCACUCACAGGCUCGUCUACUCACCCAACAGGCACCGGACCUAUUAUUGUUUCACCGGUUACUACUGAAGAGUCAACAACGACUACUGAAGAACCGACCAAAAAGCCGACAAGCGUCGUGCCGACUACAAAACCAACAACCCCAACAACAGCUAUUGUCUUCGUUCUGCCGACGAUCCCCAUCCAUGGUGAGCCUCCGCAAGGCGGCAACUCGUCAGUUACCAUUUUGCCUCGACUCGUCAAGAAGGGAAAUCGUUUC